AACUACCUUUGUUGGUUAAGUUAAGCUUUAGUUUGUUCGAUGGUUCAUGUUGUGAAACCUCAGCGCGUCUCUGCUUUGGAGUUAUAAGUUUGCUUUUAAUGCCCCUUUUUCUUUUGAAAACUCCUUUGUAGCUCAUUCACUUGUAGUCAUUAAAUUUAAUACACGACAUUCUCAAUAAUCAACAUCGUCAACAUGGCAAGUGCAGCAACAGCCACAUCCCAGAUGGGAGACUCUCAAGCCUUCAAAAAGGUCGAAGUCGACUUGAGAGCGCAGCCAUCCCACCCUUCAACAUUCGAUCCUUCAAUUCACAUGUCCUUUACACCUCCAACCGAGUUCUACACACUUGACGAGCUUUCCUUAAACUCGCCAUUCGCUGUCGGACACGUCGCGAUCACUGCGCCAUUUCCUCUCUUCAGCAAUGAAGGAGUUCGAGCUUUACGAGCCGACCUCUUUCGUCCCGAAGUCGUAUCCAAGCAUUCCUAUCGAGAGAGCAAGACUCCCGAACUUUACAAGAUUCGAGGUUACGGAAAAGACGCACCAUUCGUGUAUAGUACAUGGACAUCACCCGAAAUCCUCGCAGCCUGUUCCAAAGCUGCCGGAGUGGAGCUAGAAGUUGUCUUUGAUUAUGAGAUUGGACAUAUCAACGUCCAACUCCCUCAAGGUGUCGACAAAGAUCAAGAUGUCGUUCUUCCACCUGCCAUGCCACCAAAGCAGGAUUUGAAAGUGAGUGAAGAGGAUCGUCGCGCUUCGGAGAAGGAUGAAGGGAAUAUUACGGCUUGGCAUAACGACUCGUAUCCAUGGGUAUGUGUUUGCAUGCUUUCGGAUUCAACUGGGAUGGUUGGAGGAGAGACAGCACUUCGAACAGGAGAUGGUAAACUGUUGAAAGUUCGAGGUCCAGGAAUGGGAUAUGCAGUCAUGAUGCAGGGUGGAUUGAUUAACCACGUUGCGCUCAAAGCUCUUGGUGGCGGCGAGCGCAUUACGAUGGUGACCAGUUUUCGACCGAAAGACCCAAAUGCGUACGACAAUAGCAAUUUGGGCAAUGUCAAGAAAGUCAGUGAUCACGCGGCUUUGUUUGGACAAUGGUCUGCAUAUCGAGCCGAGAACUUGGCGAAAAGAGCAUUGGCGUUCAAGGACAGUCUAGUGGGGUUGAGUGCAGAGGAUAUUAGCAGAGUCACGAAUGAGUGGGCUGAAGAGCAGAUUGCGUAUUUGAAGGUUACUGCAAAGGAAUUGACAGACGAGGGUGCGAAGGGAAACUACAAUCAUAACAUGGAUUUGCUGAAGAAGAAGUUUUGAUGAACGCUAUAUAGGGUUCGGCAUUUGUAGUUUACAUAAAUUAUCUAUUAUUGAGAUUUCCAACACUGUUUUUUGCUCUCUUCAACACCAUUUCAGCACCCAUGACCAUCAUUGCAGCAUCACCAGCUAGCAGAAAGAAUUCAAAACCCAUAUCAAUCUGAGCUUCUAAAUUAUCCUGUGACCCAAGAAUUCCAACCGGAAUACCCAACCGUUUCGAAAUAUCCAAUAUCUUCUGUAAUGCAAUGACAUAUUGUUCUUCC